AUGGCAUCUAACGACGCCCCCAGCACUCCAGAAUUCGAGCUUCCCUACCAAACUGAACAGGGUGUCUGGUUUGCCACCAAGAAGAACGAUUAUGGCUCCCCAAAGUACAUUGCCCAGCCCUUCGGUAUCCUCGAUGGAUCUAACCUAGAGGACACUCAUGCGGCCAAAACACAGGAAACAGCUACUGCAUCUGCGGCAUUCUACGAUCUCAUGAAGAAUUUGAACCAAGGUCCUACUGUUACUCAAAUCUUUAAUCACGAAAACAUCAUAUCAAUCGCCGGCCACAUAAAGACUCAUCCCAUCCUUAGUAUCGUUUCAGCAGCGGAAGACUCUCAGCUUAGCAAUUCAAGGGAGUACAUCGUUUUGGACUAUUGCGACGCGGGUAAUCUCAGUGCUCUGUUCCAGAACACUCCUUGCACGUCUCCUGACUUUUAUCUGCCCGAGUCACUCUGCUGGCAUGUCUUGACAUCGCUUCUCAACGCCAUCACGUAUCUCCACGAUGGAAAGCGCCUCUUUCUAGAUACAAUGGCACCACGGGGACGAGAACGACAAUGGCUGUCAGUGGAUCAAGACUGGAAUCCGAUUUUGCAUCGAGCAAUUGAACCAAGGAACAUAUUCUUUCAGCAUCCACGGGGCAGCGAAACAUAUGGACUGUGUAAACUGGGCAACUUUGAACAUGCAGCCGUCACGAAUCAUGUCAUUCUUCCUGGUGAUGGAGCAGAUGCUGUGAAUGGGGAUGCAGAGAUUAGCAGAGCAAUGGCUCCGCAUCGGGGCUUUGAGUCGUUGGAUAUAACGCGCCACAAACUGCACAAAGGUGCUGAAGCAAAUACAACAAACAACCGCCCUUAUACUGUCGCUGACGAACUCUUUUCCGUCGGCGCUGUCAUCUUCACUAUGAUGACAGGUCGAGAGUUUCCAUUUUACUGUAAACCCGCCAUGGCGCGGUAUUCAAGGGGAUUGCGACAAGUAGUGGCGGAUCUGCUAGCCCUGUACCCAAGCAACGAGACCAAGAUUACAAAGGUUUUGCCGCUGACCAAGUUGGUGAUGGAGCACUAUCGGGACUGGAAGAAUGGCACAGACGAGGGGAAGUGGUAUAAGGAUAUUGAGGAUGACAUGACGGUGAGAUAUGAGGCGGAGAUGGGGAAGAGAGCACGAGAAUGGAGAUGA